AUGGGUGGUCAGCGAAUUCAUUCUCUGCCGGUGGACGAGCUCAAGCGCCCAUCUGCGCUCCCCAAAACAGGAAAUUAUGCCAAACAGCCGACAACAGCAACGGGCGACGUGGCAGGACGUGUCCGCAGCCUUCCUCACGACUUCCACGUCCGUCCUGCGAGCCUACCGCAGUCCCCGACUCAUACAAGACCAGCCCUUCCUUUCUCCUCCUCAAGACACGUAUCCCGUCUUCCAAGCCACGCAUCCCAUCUCCCAAGCCGCGCAAUGAAGCGAACCGCUGACUCUGACAUCGAGCUCGCCCUCCCCUCUCCCGCCGCAUCCACCUCCUCCCCGACCCCCUCUGUAUCCGAGCUUCCUGGAAACACCAACCUCAGUACCACUACCGAACUUGGGGCGCCUCCACGUAAGCGCGCCCGCGGUGAAACAUCCGUAGAGGAACGGAAAGAGGCCCGAGCCCACCGCAACCGCAUAGCAGCCCAGAAUUCCCGAGACAGGCGCAAGGCCCAAUUCGCUUACCUCGAGCGCCGGGUCGCCGAGCUCGAGGAGGAGAACAGGCAGCUACGCGCAGGCAUGGGUCUCGUCGGCCUUCGUCGCCCGCAGGAGAACUCAGAUCGUACCCGGGAUCAGGAGAGGGAACGGGACGCAGCCAGGGACAGGGAGAACGCGGAGCUCAAGGAGCGUAUCAAGACUCUCGAGACCGGCUGGGACGCCGUCGUCAAGGCUCUCGCAGCCUCUGGCCUUCCGCUCAACGUACCAUCUAUCGCUCCCUCUGCGUCUGACCCUGCAGAGCCUCCGUCUCCCUCCUCACAGCCUCCCACAACCACCUUCUCCGUCUUCGUCCCCCCCUCACCCAUCUUCCCCAUCUCCCCGCCUCCUUCUCACGACUCCUCGCUCAGCUCGAGCCCCUUCCUCGACCUCCCCUUUGACGACGCCGAGCCCACUCGCCACCUAGCACGGGUGGCGAACACCGAUGCCCCUCCUUUAUCAUCGGUGCCCCAGCAGCGGGUGGGCCCGCCCCGUCGUCCGACGCCAACAUCCUCCAGCUCGAGCUUGACGCCCUUUCCCCCCUUCCAGGCGCCGAAGCACCACCUCCGGCAGAUUUGGACGAGGGCGCCAUGGCGGACCUCUUCCGCGAAAUCCUCGCGCCCUCGCCCGUGCUCGCGCAAGCGCCCCUGCCUGAUCCUGCGCCUGUCGCCACCGCCACACCACAGACGCAGGCCGCGCCGUCGCUGA